UCUUCUUUUUGUCAUAGUUUCGUUUUACUUCCUGUUUUAAUGUUUUCAUAUAAAAGUAUUAGUUUACAGUAAAUUUAUAUGUUAGGAUGAAGGAGGAAGAAGGGCUGAUUUUAAAAUUUGCAAAAUGAACGGAAUUAUCACAUUGAUUACCGCCUCGGUAGUAUGCAUUUGGAUUGUCCUAAGAUCAAAAGCUGUAUGUGGAAUAGACACAGGCACUACUGAUCCUAACUGUGAAGUUGACUGUGCAUGCUGUAAAGAUCGUGACUGUGGUCCAAAUGGUUACUGGCCUACAGGUAACUGUAAGAGUGGCUGCAUUGAUGGAUAUAGAGGACAUCGUUGCAUCCGGAAAUGUGAUUAUCCUGAAUGCACUGAAUGCCCAGAUUUCUCAUAUAUAUGUACAAAAUGUAAAGCGGGAUAUUACCCUGGCUCAAGUUAUAACUGUUCUUCGAAAUGCCCUACCAGUUGUAAAUCAUGUACAUCAAGCACCUACUGCACAGAAUGCAUUGAUGAAUAUUACAAUGCAAAUGGUUUCAAUGACUGUCGAUAUCGUUACUGUCCGUUACUCUGUAAAUGUGAACAUAAUGCGUGUGUGUCUUGUGAAAGUGGUUACUAUGGUACAAGCUCAUCGUGCAUCAGUAAAUGUCCAUCUACUUGUGACGACUGUUCAUCACAAGAUACGUGUAGUACAUGUAAAGAAGGUAAAUAUAAUGGUUAUGAGUUUGACAUUAUAGAACGUCUUCUGUUAAAUAACUGUACUCAUGAAUGCCGGGACCAUUGUAUCACUUGUUCAUCUUACAAUAAUUGUUUACAAUGUAUGCCUGGUAAAUACGGAACGCGCUGUCAGAAUGAUUGCUCAGUCGGAUGUGAAAACAAGAUAUGUCAGAUUGGGUCUGGAAAUUGCAAAUGUAAAAACAAUUUCUUUGGCCAUAACUGUACUGACUGUGUCUCCGGUAAAUUUGGAACAUCAUGUGAGAAAACUUGUCCUAUAUUCUGCAAAAACAAACGUUGUGACAAAUCUUCUGGUAACUGUUUGGAUGGAUGCCUAGUUAAAACAAUCGUUGGUGAAACGUGUAACACGUGUGUAAAUGGUAGUUAUGGGGAUAUCUGCAACGUAUCUUGCCCUCCUAAUUGCAAGGACGACAAGUGUUCCAGAGAUAGCGGUGAAUGUUCAUACGGAUGCAAAGACAACUUCAGUGGAGAAAAAUGUAAUUCUUGUAAAGAUGGUACAAAAAGAGAACCAGAAACCCAGAAGUCAGAGGACUCUAAGCACACAGCCAUUGUAGUGAUGGGGGUUAUCAUAGCCUUGCUUCUUGUUGUGGUCAUUAGUUUGAUUGCCGUAAUUGCCGUCUGGAAAAGACAAUCUACAGACAGAAGCCCUAAAGAUGCAGGGGUAUCUUUCGAAAAUAAGACAUCGUCUUCUAUUGUUGGACACAGCAGGAAUGAAGAUUCUUACAGCGGAGACAUUUCAAAGACAAGUGAAUAUGAGAAAAUAGAAUCCAUUCAAGAUAUCAGAAGCUAG